AUGUGUCAUUUCCAGAUAGGCACUCCGGCCAAACCUAUGCUCAAGAUCGACACGACGGCGUUUGUGCUGCCGAACCUGGCCGGCAAUCUUCCGACAAGCACAAUUGAUCGAAACAUUCUUGAUAGGCUGCCAAAUAUGCCAUUGGCAGAUCCGUCGUUUUUCCAGCCGUCUCAGAUAGACCUUCUUCUAGGUGCGGAUAUUCUUCCGUCUGUCCUGCUAUCGGGCUGGAGGCCAAACAUAUCCAUAGAGUCCGAAGCAACCAUGGAAACACUUCUCACAAAAUUUUGGGAGGUGGAGGACCUUCCAUGUAGACUGGUAAAGGAGACGGACAAGUUGUGUGAAGACUUUUUCGUCCGAACAACUACCAGAUCCUGCGACGGGAAAUAUAUAGUAUCCCUGCCCUUCAAAGAUUCAGAGCACAUUGACUUGGGGCAUUCCAGGAGUUCCGCACUCGCACAGUUUCUGAGGAAUGAGACUCGCUUGAAGAAGGAGCCCGCUCUCAAAGACACUUAUGACUCAGUGAUCCAAGAAUAUAUUGAUCUUGGACAUAUGAAGCCGGUGCCUCCGAAUACCGACAAGAUAAAUUUCUAUCUCCCCCAUCAUGCAGUAUUUAAGUGCGACCACGAAAGUGCGACCACGAAAGUUCGCGUAGUUUUCAACGCAUCCAGUCCUUCUUCCAAUGGGAACAGCCUUAAUGACAUUCUGUAUCCAGGGCCAAGAAUUCUCUUUCGAAAUGGCCAAGGGGAUAUAUCCGACUUCGAGCUUCAGACGGUCACGUUUGGAGUGAAUUGUGCCCCUUUCCUGGCCCUACGAACACUGCAACAAUUGUCCGACGAUGUCAACGCCCAAUAUCCACGGGCGUCGCAUAUAAUUUCAAAUUAUAUGUAUGUCGACGAUGUGCUAGCAGGAGCCCAUACAGAAGCUGAAGCUAUUUUAGCCAUUCGGGAGCUGCAAGCAGCUCUGGACUCAGCUGGAUUCCCUCUCCGCAAGUGGACAUCGAAUGAACGUGCACUCCUUAAAGCACUUCCUAAAGAGCAUCUACUUUCGACUGAUUUUCUUGAUCUCGAAGAGGUCAGCACCACUAAGACAUUGGGAGUACGGUGGAACGCUACGACGGAUGAGUUCUAUUUUGUCCCAACAGAGGUCACCAUUCAGGCAAACUAUUCGAAAUGCGACGUCUUAUCCCAAAUCGCGAAAUUGUUCGACCCAGCUGGGUGGCUCUCCCCAUUUGUGGUUCAGGCCAAAAUUCUAAUGCAGGAUAUCUGGUUGGCCAGCGUCGAAUGGGAUGAGUUUCUUCCUGCAGAACUACUACAUCGCUGGCAUGAUUUCCUUCGGAGCUACAGUUUCCUCCACCAAGUUCGCAUCCCGCGUUGGGUACAUUUUCAACCAGGUGUACAAGUCCAAAUCCAUGGUUUCUGCGAUGCCUCCCAAAAGGCUUAUGGCGCAGCGAUUUACGUUCGCAUCCAGCGUGAUGGAAUCAUUUCAUCAAAUCUUCUAACGUCAAAGACCAAAGUCGCUCCGGUAAAAACCGUUUCGCUCACGCGUCUAGAACUGUGUGGAGCCGUCCUUCUGGCAGACUUGUGGACUGCAAUUCUGCCUCAGAUUCCUUUCGGUCGUAUAGAAUCUUUUCUAUGGACUGAUUCCACUAUUGUGCUGGCAUGGUUGAACAAGCCACCAUGUCAGUGGACGACCUUCGUCGCAAAUAGAGUCACUAAAAUCGCUCAAAAUACUGAUGCCAGCCAGUGGUCUCACGUGCGUUCCGAGCACAACCCAGCAGAUCUAGCCAGUCGUGGAGUAGCGGCUGAAGAGUUGGCUACCAGUGAGCUAUGGUGGCAUGGGCCUUCAUGGCUAACUCAGCCACAAGACCCCUGGCCUGCACCUUAUGAAUCAGUUUCCGACAUCGACAUCGAGAAGCGACCCAUACGUUGCCAUUUAGCAUGCCCGGAGCAGGACAUGCUCGAGCGGUUCUCCAAGCUCGACAAGGCACUACGAGUUUUCGCUUAUGUUCAGCGCUUCAUCCAGCGCUCGCAAAAACGACCUAUUCCAGGCGAGCUGCAGCUAUCCAAUACAGAGAUUUCCACAGCUGAGCGACUCCUAAUUUUCAUAACACAGCGCAGAUACUUUGCGCUUGAAUAUGCCUGCCUGAGCCAAAAGCGGCCAAUUCCAGCAUCCAGUUCUAUUAAGAACAUGAAUCCCUUCCUUGAUCCUCACGGCCUCAUCAGGGCGUGUGGUCGGGUGACGGCCUCCGAAGUCCUCCAAUAUGAUGAAUCCUUUACGCAUCGCAUCUCCUUGCACGGCGGUAAUCAGCUAAUGAGAAAUUUCUCGCAGCAUUCGCCCGAUUCGUCUCGCGAAGAGGGUGCCCUCGACAAGUUCAGUCAGACAAUGGGAAGACCUUUGUUGGUGCAGCCGCAGUGCUGUCGCGUGAAUUUCUGCAAGCGGUCAAGGAAUCCGUGA